AGAAAUGCAAUGCAAGCAGGAGCAAAACGUCAAAAGAAUCGAAGAAAUUGUGUUCUGCGUUCAGUUUAAUUGUAUUUAUUAGUGUAAAUAAUGGAGUUUAUUUUGUUUUAAGAAAAGAUUUUUUUGGUGGUUCCUAACAGAAUUAGUUUUACCGAUAGUUUUAAGAUAAGAAGUGUCGAAUUUCGGCUUUGUUAUACGCGAGUUUUCCAAACCCGCUAGCGGAGGCAUAGUUGUUUUUGCGUUUGUUUUGUGUACAAAUCUAGUCAUUGUUUUCCGGUUAUUACGCCGGCACAGAUUCCUAUGGCCGCACAAAGGCAAAGUAUGACCGACAUUCUUCCUCCAUUUGUCACCGAAAUUGAUAUCAACGAAGUUGAACGAAUUGGGACGGUUGGCAAAGGCUCGUUUGGGACGGUCAUCAAAGGCAGAUGGAAGAGUAAUUUUGUUGCUGUAAAGUACAUUGAAGUCGAAUCGGAACGUAAUGCAUUUAUCACUGAGGUCUGUCAGCUGUCACGGGUAGCCCAUCCAAACAUAAUCGGUCUGUACGGAGCAUGCACGAAGCGACCGAACGUUUGUCUGGUGAUGGAAUAUGCUGACGGAGGCUCACUGCACUCGGUGCUGCACUGUCGGCCGAAACCAUUCUACACAGCAGCGCAUGCCAUGAGCUGGGCAAGACAGUGUGCGGAGGGUGUGGCCUACCUACAUGAUAUGACACCAAAGGCCAUGAUUCAUCGGGACCUGAAACCACCCAACCUAUUACUGGUGAAAAAUGGGACCGUGUUGAAAAUCUGCGACUUUGGCACUGUAACAGACAAAUCUACCAGAAUGACCAACAACAAAGGUAGCGCCGCCUGGAUGGCCCCGGAAGUAUUCGAGGGUUCCACGUACACAGAAAAAUGCGAUGUCUUCAGCUGGGGAAUCAUCCUGUGGGAAGUAAUCGCCCGGGAGCAACCGUUCCGAAGUAUAGAGAAUUCGUAUGCUAUUAUGUGGCGCGUACAUCAGGGCACCCGGCCUCGGCUGAUAGAAAACUGUCCCAAGCCCAUUGAACGGCUGAUGAUCGACUGCUGGAAUCAAAACCCUGCGGAUCGACCGUCUAUGCAAAAAGUCAUGGACAUCAUGAAUCAGUUGUGUCGGUUUUUCCCGGGAGAGAAUGAGCCGAUUCAAUAUCCAGAUUAUGCCGAUGAUGAUGAUGAGGAGCAAUCCUAUCAUCGGGAUGACAAUACCCUAGACACAAACCAGUAUGGCACUACGUCAAGCUUUGGUUCAACUUAUUAUGGCAAAGGACACAACACGGUUACAUCGAAAAGCACCAUCAAUACUAACACAAAGCCACCCAUAAGUGGCAGCAGUGUCACCAGUGCAGGUAGCAUAUCUCGUGCUUCCGGUUUCCGCAGUAACGACCAUCGCCUUGUAACCGGCAGCGGUCGUAACGCAUACACUCGAACGUCAGAUUACGGUCGUUAUCAAAUAAAAAAUGACGCCAUCGGCGGAGGUAGUGGGCACUACACCAAAAGUAACCGAGCUGGUGCCGGUUUUGGCAGUCCAGACUUGGGCUAUCAUAAUACGGCGGCCCGAAGGAAUCGUGCAAAAUCACCUCCACCACAGGUUCCACUGUCACCGGUGUCUCCGAAGAAUGCCGUUCCAUCGGCAAGUCACGCGCAUAGUCCUCUCAGUGUGACUAUUGAUCCGUCUAUGACAUGGAAAACAGUCGACACAGAAGAGCCCCUACGAGAUUUAGUUGACAAUCCAGCAAACAACCAAGGUACAGAGAGACUGGUCGUCACCAGACGCAACAAUGGUCCAAUCGAUAGCAGCAACCUGCCAUGCGCAACGGCGACGUCCGGUACGGUAGCUUCCGGCAAGCUAACGUCGAGUGGCAGCAGUAGCUUCAGCACUAGUCACAUCACUACCAGCAGCCAGGCUCAGCAGGCUGGCAGUGGCAUCGAAGCCGUUAGCAGCAGCAGUACCUCCAAAACGUUCGCCACCAGUGCCACCGAGGCUAUUGACUAUAAAUCACUGAACAGUAUUCUGGAUGAUAACCUGCGACCGCUGACACCGGUGCCAGGUAACCCUCGGUCCGAGCAGAUUCACAAUGAGCACAAACAGCUCGUGAAGGAUUAUUGGGAGAUUCAAACACAAAUUGUUACCAACCAAGCUCAUCGUGAUAGUUUACAAAUGAACAUGCCGGCCGAAGAGUUACGACUAAAGAAGGAGUAUUUGAAAAAAUUAGAGGAAAAGGAAGCAUUGCUUAAGUUUAAAGCCAACCUACAAAAACAGCUGGACGAACGAAAACGAAUGGCUUACCGUGGUCAGCUGCAUCCCGCAGGAAAUCCUCAGCUGCAGCAAAACCAACACCAACAAUCGGCACCCCCGCCUGGUGGUUCCAGUUCUCCGGCAGGUCUCCAGAGACAAGAUUCAGCAACCGGGUCGGACUGGGUGAUGAUAGAAGCGGGCAACGCUGCCACCAGCAAUCAACAUCCAAGUUGAACGACUAACGAGCGACUCCGUUUUCCAAAAGCAUUGUGUGAUGGUCGUUUCAGUACACGGACAAUAAUAACUAGUUGCCGGGCGAGUACUCUUGCAGUGCGGUACGGUGUGCAAUCCAAGUGCCAAAAAAUUGUGCAGCGCGAAGGACUUUUCCUUACCUUGUUGUGUGAUCAUUAUGUGUUUGAAAUAUGUACGCUGCAUAUUUAUCUAUGUACAACUGAAUCAUCAGUAACGAUACCAUUUUGUGUAGGUUUAAGUAAAACGAUUAGAUGUUUAUGAUUCUACCAAAUAGAAAGGUGUUAAUGAUGCUAUUACACUGAAACGAAA